AUGGCAUCCACUGCUAUUUCCAACCAUUUCACCUCUACUCGUCCAGCAAGGGAGGGCGAAUUCCUUUCUCCGGGGUCGUCCUUUUCUCAUUCUUGCCAUUCCCUCCGAUUUUCUGGUGCUUCUCCAGUUAGUUUACAGUCAAUUCAUCGACAAAUCUCCUGCCAAACCAACUCAUCCGCUGUUUCUUCCUGUUCAUCCUCCGUCAAUGGGAAAGCUAAUGCAGGAUUCAAGGAUUUCCUACACAUAAAUGAUUUUGAUAAGGGCACAAUUAUGAGUAUUUUGGAUAGGGCUCAGGAGGUCAAGGCUCUGAUAAAAUCAGGGGAAAAAGUCUAUCUCCCAUUCAAAGGUAAAACAAUGGUAAUGAUCUUUGCCAAGCCAUCUAUGAGGACAAGGGUUUCCUUUGAGAUGGGUUUUAACUUGCUUGGUGGUCAUGCUAUAGACCUGGGACCUAAUGAUAUCCAGAUGGGUAUGCUGGUUGUUUAUGUUGGAGAUGGAAACAACAUUGUCCACUCUUGGCUGCUGUUGGCAGCAAUCAUCCCUUUUCAUUUUGUCUGUGCCUGUCCAAAAGGUUUUGAGCCGGAUGCUGAGACAGUUCGGAAAGCGCAACAAACUGGGCUGAGCAAGAUCGAGAUAACACAUGAUCCCAAAGAAGCUGUUAAAGGAGCUCACGUUGUGUAUUCUGAUGUUUGGGCUAGUAUGGGUCAAAAGGAAGAAGCUGCUUAUCUUCGCCAGGUGUUUCAAGGAUUCCAGGUGGACGAAGCUCUUAUGGAACUAACCGGACCACAAGCCUAUUUCAUGCAUUGCUUACCCGCAGAAAGAGGUGUAGAGGUCACAGAUGGUGUUAUUGAAGCUGCAAACUCCAUCGUUUUCCCGCAGGCUGAGAACCGGAUGCAUGCACAGAAUGCAAUUAUGCCUCAUGCGCUUGGUUUAUGA